GACAUACGGCUCAUAAUAUGUACACAAUACAUGGGGGGACAUGAGUAUGUGGGGGAUCAAACUGUUUAUCGUAUUUAUGAAAUAUUAAGCAUAUGCUUCAUGUUACGAAUCGAUAUUCAACGGAUAUUCACAUAAUUUCCAUUCAGAUUGAUAACUGUGAUUUACAUGCAAAGGCAUAAAUAUUAAUCAAAUCUUGUUUCCGCUGGAAAACAAUCUGUUAUCUAUUACCUGAUGUUAAAUUUACAUUACUAUGUCACAAGCAUCGUAUUUUCCUCUUUUAAAAUGGAACGUUUAUGUCCCAACUGUUAACAUUGUUAGAAAUGACAAUCAAUUGAUUUGAGGGUCGUUUACCCACAAGGAAUACAGAUAACACCAAUGAAUGCUUAAAAUGUUGAAUUGUCACUUUGAAUGAAAACAGACGCCUCGAAGUAACGCCCAGAUUUCAAAAUAAUCGAUACAUGUCGUUAGACGUAACGUGAAUAUUACUUCUCAUAUAGCAACGUCUGGCCAAGACUAUGAACCUACAUUAGGACGAACGAAUAGCUUCCGGGUUGAGUAUUAUACGGGCCCCAGAGGAAAUACCCGCUUUACACCCGUAACCUUGUCAGUUACAGUCUGACACUGAGUCGAGCCGGGUGGAUGGUUAUAGUCUACGCGAUAUGGAUAGUAUGGAUUAUGAUUCAGCGGGGUCGGCAGACGACAGCAUGGCCUCCUGUGACCAACUGCACGUUAAAAUACACAACUUUGGAAUAUACAAGAAAAAUGGCAAACGGGCAAUCUUACAGCUAGACUUCCCAGGAGAAAGUAUCUUCCUUAUACAGAGAGGACAUAUCAAGAAGACCUACACCUUCGAACAGCUGCAACACUUCGACUCCGAGGAAGGACUGCACAUAGUUCUAAAGUUCAAGGACAAUGAAUUUGAAUUUGAUGCUGAUAAUGUCGAGGAGAAGUACACCUUAUGUCGCCUCAUCAGCCUCGUUCUCGACAAAGACGAAGACGAGGAUGGGGCGACAACUCCGGGAAUCAAAGAUUCGGGACGGCGAGUAUCGGUGUUGCCAACGCUGCCGAUGUUGGCGGACAAGGUGAUCAAGGAGGCGGUACUGGAGAAGAAGGGGAACACCACUAUCACCACAUGGAACAAGAGACGGCUGAGGAUCACCCCAGGGGAGUUUUCCUAUUAUAAGCCUGGCACGGAGUUGGCUUUAAACAUUGUGCAAGUAUGGGAUGACAUCUGCAGCGUUAGACGCUCGGGGCAACAUGGCUUCAACGUGACCGUCAGAAACAGGGUAUACAGUUUUCGACUGCUUCACGACCAGAGGGCCAACAACCCGGAAGUGGAGAGGGAAGAAUGGAUUGAGGCAUUCCAGAAGGCCAUGAAGUCCAAGCGCCACACUCUUGUCAUGCUGGAGAAGACACUGGACACGCCCAGGAGCAACGUCACAGCCUUCGAGUUCCCCAGCCAGUCUGUCGAAGAGGAACCCAUUUCUAUCGAUGAACAGAUCAAAAGACGCAAACAAUCAGCACAACAGGUUGAGGAGAAUAACAACGAACCGGAACAAGUUACAAUGAGGAAACCGGAAGUGACGAAACACUUCAGCGUUCAUCUGAGCUACGUGGAGAAGACGACUCCCUUAGAGCAUCUGCCCACUUCAAGUAGACCCAAGCCUCCUGCAUUCGUCAGGCAGGACGCGACUUUCCGAGGCGAUGUGUCUAAUGUUGUAGAUGGCAGUCCCUCAGAGACCGAGGUGUCCGUUGAUAAUGGCACCAGUGGCACCGAUGACGUGGCUUCCGUCCGUGCCAAAUGGAACGUAAUGGACAAAAAGUCGUCUGAAAAUAGCUCCGAUAAAGCAGACGUCCCAUCCGGGUUAAAGAAGACAGGGCAUGUUAAAACGUCAAAACGAGAACAGUCAACGAUGGAGGUGAAAAUUGAUUUCACAGAACCCGAACCAGAUUAUCCCCAUGACGACAAAACAUCUCCUUCAUCAGCAGCUACAACAUCAAAAUCGCAACCACUACCGCCACCACCAUCAAUACCUGCACCGAUCCCAGCACCCAGAACACUAAUAUCCAGUAACACUGAACCUACCACUUCUAACACAAAUAACACCCCCCUCAAUGACACGGCUGGGACAAAUCACACAGACUUACCACCCACUCCAACAUCACCAGCAAAACGUGCCGCCGCCGAAACUGAUGACAAGUACAAGGAUCGUCCUCUUCCAUCCCCCUCCUCCCCGCCACCACCCAUCCCAUCCCACAUCCCCGCGCCUCCUCCUCUGAAGGGCAAUAAACUUGGGAUCAAACUGAAGGUCGUUCCCAAAAUGAAACUGAAGCAAAUCCAUUGGUCUAAAGUGACUCCAUCAGAGGUGUCGCACUCUCUGUGGAAGAACGCCCAUGACGUCACUUCCCGUCUGGACCUGACAACGCUUGAAGACAUGUUUGCGCUUCAAGAGAAAGACUAUGUCAACAUACAGUCCCAGGCCUCGCUCACGAAGUCCAGGAAACAGAUUCUACUGGACCCCAAGCGAGCUCAGAACCUCAGCAUCAUGUUCAACGGCCCGAAACCCGACGUCGUGGAAAAAUUGACAGAUGCCCUGAACUCCAUUUCAGAAAUGGAAGCAUUUCCUACAGAGAAACUCAGCACACUUAGAAGGUACCAGCCGACAGCAGACGACAUGGAGAUGUACCGGAUGUACCGCAGUACACGACAGGACCAGCAUCCUGUGGACCGGUUCAUGAUUGACCUGUGUGACGUCCCCGCCCUGGACAUCCGACUGGACCUGGUCAUCACCAUCCUGGACUUCCCAUGUCAGUUCGAGGAACUGUCCGAGGAGGUGAGCCUGCUGGGCGUGGCGUGUGAGGAACUGACCGCCAACACCACGCUGACCGCUGUCCUCGAGUACGUCCUGGCUAUCGGCAACUACAUGAACGCCAAGUGGACAUCGGGGAUCGGUGCACACGGCUUCCAGAUAACCUCCAUCGACAAGGUGCUGGAUAUCAAGGGACGCAACCCUCACUACACCUUACUCAACUUCCUGGUGGAGCAGAUCAGACUGACCAAUCCACCACUGUUAGACUGGACUUCCGGUAUGAAGCACGUGCAGAAGUGCGCAGAUCUGUCAAUUAAGGCUGUCGGCGCAGAAGUUGAAGUGCUGAAGAACGGCAUCAACAAGAUCAAGAGGAACCUGAAGGCGUUACGGAACACACUGUCCUCCCCGAGCAAGCAGGAGAAGAAGCAUAUGUCCGAUGUUCAGAAUCUCAUCACGGAGUACGAGAGAAAGAUACAGAAGAUGGACUCCACGUGUGCAAACCUCGGGAAAAAAUUUCGCUCCAUUUUGGCAUAUUAUGGCGAAGCUUCCAACCGGACGUCCGACGUCUUGUUCUCCAGUGUGGCCAUGUUUGUGGACAAAUUUCAAACGGCCAGAGACAAAGUAAAGACCUAGCUACCUGACGCAACAGGCACCGCCGUGAGUCAGACACAUUUACCACGUGACAACCCAUGCAUGUAACAAUUUCCAAACAGAAUAUUCACAAACAACUUUGGGGAGUUCACUGUCAGAGAACUUCGUCACACGUUGCCAGAGUUAACCAGCGACUGUGCCGCAAUCGACGGAGUGUGUGUUACGGAGUGAAGUGUAUUCCCCACGAGAACAACGCCAGAAAGUGUAGUUGAAGUAUUAACAGACGACUUAACACAGGGAUGACUCACAGACGUACAGUGGGCGACGGAGUUUCCAGUGAGGACGCGGUUCAUUACACUUGUGCCAUACAUCCAGUGUAGGGCUAACAGACCAAGAAGAUUCCCCAGACAAACACAACCAGCGUACCGUAAAUCCAUGUAGUGGGCACGGAUGGUCCAGUCGUCUAAGGCACGGCGAUUCGCUGUGCAUAGUUGCGUCCUUUGGGCACGCCAGAAACCUAAGAUUGUCGGUUCGAAUCCCGGUCCGUCCCAAUUAUUUUUCUAGGUUUGUCAUCACCAUAUCGUGCUCGCUGGUCUCACCAAAGUGGUAAACGUCUAAGACCUGUACAAUUUGGGUUAACUCCCACAACAAGCGGCGUUAAAGCAGCGUUAAACCAAACUCACUCACUCACUCACUUUAUUCAAGGAUGUGUUGUUGUCUUUAAAGAGGCUUUUUCUCAUUUUCGUUUCAAAUGUCUCUUUUCGAUGUGUUAAAAGAUGUAUGGGAACAGAUAAAAAGUUAUAAUAAUUCCUUAUUAUCAAUUAUAUUCACCGCCUAAAUUGAUAAUGGCACUGAUAAAACUAUACUCUCCUUAAAACGAUAAACCUUGAACAUAUUUGA